GAUUGGUAGGUGAAGGGAAAAUAGUGACCCUUCUCUCAGCGCGUACUACUAUUUCGGUAGCCUUUGUGCCCACUGGUUUGAGCCUUCCUUGUUUCAAGGCCCUAAAGAACCCAUACCCUUGAUACCAUUCCCCAUCCGCCCCCCUUAAGGACGUUUCAUUCCUCUAAAGCCCUCCCAGCGAAGCCUCCAGCUGGUUUACAGUCCUGCCCGGGAGUAACCCCUUCCUCAGAGCUUCCUUUCCUCGCCCUCGGUGAAGUUGCAUCGGGCUGGUUGACAAGUCCUUACUACUCAUACUGCGCCUUCACAGAUCCCCACACCCCAAUCCUCCGCAAAGAUACUACUCCGUCCACCUUCCCGCUGACGGGAAAGUACACAUUAAUCUUCCUUAGAUUUUUCCUCAUUUCUUUCCCUUGCCCCCUCCCAUUGGUUUUACGUCGUUUCAGUUUUUUUAGAGAUGGAAAAGGGAAACGCGUUUUUAAAGAAUAGGUUACUUGUUUUUCUUCUCCUGCCCCCAGCAUCAAGGACCACAGGAAUUUCAAAUGCCUUGGAAAGAGGAAUCAGAAUUUACAAAGCAGGAUAAGGCUGCCAGAGUCAUUCAGCAGGCCUGGAAAAGUUUCCUUAAUGUCGCUAUAUUUCAACACUUCAAAAGUCUGAUUGAUUUAAGAAGACAAGGAGAACCACGUCAGAUAGUGAAAUAUAUUAAUCCCAAAGAGGCAGAGCUUCUAGAUGCUGCUGCUGGCAUUCAUGUGCGAUUCAGAUUAGGUGGAGUUAAAUUUCCACCUGAUAUAUACUAUAAGAUUUUUACUCACAGACCUAUUGAAGAUCUGUGUGCUAACAGCCCUAGAAAUUAUGCAAAACUUCCAGCAAAGCAUACAUCUCAUAAUAAAAAUGAUCAUCUUCAGGAAGAGGAUCAUAGUGGCUGGUAUCAUCGUAUAGAAAACAAUGGCUGGAGGCCAGUUUCUGAUACAUUUUGGCUAUCUACUGAUGGUAUGGUGGUGGAAGACAAAAAGGAAAGUGAAUUCCAUUUCUCUAAACUGAAGAGAAGGCAAGAUUUGGAAAAGAAAAGAAAACUUAGAAAAAUAGAGUGGAUGAGGCAAAUGUACUACUCAGGAAGUCUGGAGGCUAAGUCAACACAUCGUGAAACUCUAGGACUAAUUCACACUGCAACAAAGGGGCUGAUUAGAGCUUUUGAAGAUGGGGGGAUAGAUUCUGUGAUGGAAUGGGAAGUGGAUGAAGUGCUGAACUGGACAAAUACACUGAACUUUGAUGAGUACAUUGCCAGCUGGAAGGAAAUUGCUACAAGCAACUCUUCGGCUAACUUCAAAGGAUUCAGGUUUAAUCAAGCACAGAAAAACAUAUAUGACUAUGGAGGAGAUAUAUCAAAUAUGCAAAUGGGAAUACCAGAUGAUACUUACUAUGAAAAUGUUUAUCAAGAACCAAAUAUCUACACACUGAAAUGUUUACAGAUGAAAUGACAUGACAUCUUGCUUUAAAAUAAUAUUGGAAGGAAGUUGGUGGAAAGAGAAAUGGAACAAAAUUGUCCAUGAGUUGGUAACUGCUGAAGCUGAGUGACAAGUACAAGGGGGUUCAAGAUGUUAUUGUCUCCUUUUGUAUGUUUGAAAUUUUCCACAAUAAUAAAAGUAAAAAGAAAAUAAA